AUGGCUCGAACCAGCUGUAAGGAUUCAGAUUGUACUGAGCAUGUCCUUAUGCCUACUUCUACUUCCUGUGACAAAAUCGCUAUGGCUUCAGGUCGAGUCACCAAGGGUUCAACCGUCUUGGCUUUACACUCUUGCCUUAGUUGCCAAACAUUGGCACUACUCACAGAAAUUAACACUACCAGUGUCAUGAAAUCGCUGAAAGUAACUACUGUUUUUAACCUUCUUAUACUAACAAUGGGUUCACGAUCCACUAAAAUAACAUCCUGA